AUGGGUCGAUGCCAUCUCAGUUUGGCUUCCUGGACGACGGUGUCUAUCGAAUCCCAGAACCGGUGCCAGAAGGAUCUCAUCAGUCCUUUCGCGGACUUCGUAAAGAAAUUACCAUCUCGAGGAUGCCGUGUAUGCCAUCUUCUCUCCACUUCCGGCGAUGUCUUGGACAUGAUCACCCUCUACGUCAUCCAAUAUAUCGGGGUCCCCACGCCCGCCGCCUUGAACGGGCUACGUCCGUCCCAUCCGAAGGUAUCGCUGCUCUGUACAAAGGCGCCGGCAAAAAGCUCACCGGCGACGUCCUCUUGGAAACGACUCCCGAGUCCAUUCCAGCGCUCUGAGGAUGGCGUCGAAGUCACCGUGCGCGGUGCCGACGGGACUACAACGCUCUCACAUCUUCUCAAAUGGCAGUAUCACCAAUACUGGGCCGCGCUCAUCAACGACACCGGUCUCCCCAACGACGUGAACCUGGUCAACGUUGACACGGAGCGCCCGUAUGGUGUCCCCGAGGAACCAUUCAUCUGGCGCCUGGAUACCCACUGGGCUCCUGGCUACCACAACAUCAAAAGCUAG